GAUUACAUUAUUAUCGAAAAAAGGAAAGAAAUUAAAUGUUGAUAUUCGCCUGCUGGGGUCAGCUUUGUUAAAGAAAGAAAUAAAACUGGAAUCGACCCAGUGUGUGAAAAUGUAAGAUGUGAAUCUUCCAGUAAUUUCCGUCCAUCAUGAAGAGUUUGGUGUAUUUGAUUUGUUGGUUGACACUCUAUUUAUGGCCAGUCAAGUCGGCGGCCCCCACAGGAUGUACCUACAGUACAGACACUGGGUCACGUGGUUUGUAUACCUGUGACUUCACGGUGAUGACCCUCCCUGCUACCUACAGUACCUUCACCAGCCCGAUCCCCCAGCGUCUUAAAAUACGGAACAUCAACGGAAAUCUACCAGUCUCGAGCCCAACGAAGACUUUCAACGGGUUCGGGAGUUACGCCACAGGAAGCCAUGACAAAGACUUCACGUCGUACCUGGAGCUCAGAUGUUCCUCGGGCAACCCCUCGGGUCAGGCCCUUAUAUCCCUGGGGACGUUCUCCCAAAUGUCCUACCUGGAGGAACUGUAUAUCAAAGAUUGCAGGCUCACAAACGGCCUACCGGAAUUUGUCUUUUCCGAUCUUCAGAACUUACACAUCCUUGUUAUUGAGGGAGGGUCCAUUGCUGCAACCGCUGCAGACAGCAUGGCUAAUUUUAACAUUAGCAUCUCUUCAACUUUGUCUGAGUCUAGCGGAAUCCUAAAUUUUACAAAUGUUGCCAUAACGGGAGGAACCUUUACGACCGGCUUUUUCUACCCUCUGACCACGGUAAACACGAUUAUUCUCGAAAAUAAUGGGCUAACCUCACUGGAAUUGUCGACAUUUUCCCAGAACACCCAACUUCGAAGACUCAUCAUCCGGGACAACCCCAUCACCGUCAUUCUUAACAACCUGUUUUCCGGACUAGACGCGUUGGAGUACGUGGAACUGAACGACCUGAGUCUGACGUGUUCUUGUGAUAACGUCUGGUUUGUCAAACAUUUCGUCGACCACAACAUCACUCUUGGCGAGGGAGCGGUCUGUUCUUUGAGUACUAAUGUUAAAAACGCCCAGAAGUACUACUAUGAAAAUUGUGUGACCUAUGAUAUCUGCGAUGGUGUCCCAGGCAUCAAAAUCCAAGGCAGGUGUACCCAAUGGUAUAAGAUCGUCUUUGUCUUCUUACUUAUCCUCGCUAUAAUCCUCACCAUUGUAACUCUUGUUCUCCUCAUCCACACCCGGAAGAAACUGAUGUCACAACACGACAAACUCCGAGCCAAGCAGACGGAGAAGUGGUCCAAAAUCCAGCAAAUACUGAACACCCAGACGGUCAGCAAGCAGAGGCCCCCCGCCGCCACCCUACCGCCCAAGGGCGUGUAGCGCUGACCGUUCCAGUGUUACAUCAGUGACCACCACUUAUGGUGUACCACCCUUUGUACUGAUGAUACUAGCAAUAUGAUAUUCCAUAGGAGAACACAUUUGGAUAUCAAAUGAAUUCAAUUUCUUAAAUAUUUACGGGACAAUAUCACUGUGUUCUAUCAGAAUAAGAAAUAAUACCAGUAAUAAAUUUCUCCUUGUAUGAGUAAUUCCCUUUUCAAUGGGAUAUAGUACCUCAAAAGUAUGAAGCAACAAUAUCUUGAUUAUUUACUUGACAUAAAGUAUCAAGGGUGUUAACCAUUGCCAAUGAAAUGCAUGUGUGCUGGAUUGUUAUGUUAAUUAUUUGAAUAAAUCUUGUAUAAACUAAG